AUGCCGCACCUGGCCUACACCUUGGAGGAGUGGUGGCUAAGGGCCGGAAGAGAAGUUCAGAAGAGUGAUAGAAGGAGGUUCGACUCCCUGGUGACCCUAGUGGCUUGGACGCUUUGGAAGCAGCGCAAUGCACGGGUGUUCGGCAAUGUUUGUCUCCAGUUGAACACCAAGCAAAUCAUAGAUAGCGUAAGGGAGGAGUUUAGGUUGCGGGAGUUUGUGAGAGUUGUAGGGAGGUGGUGGCCCGGCCCGACGAGUCUCCUUCUCGCGACUCGUGCUGAGCGGGUCUCCGGCGUGAUCCAGCGGCUAGUGUGGGACGCCGGCAGCCGGACGUCGAACGUGUUCGCGCAAGCGCCCAUGGACGUGUGCGACGACUACGCCAAGUGCAACGUGAACACGGCGUCCACGCUCUUCUGCAUUCAGAGCAUAACGAAGGAGGUCCUAAUGUCUAUGCACUGCAGUCUCAUCUUCUUCCUCCUAUUCUUGACUUCACUCUGCAAAUCCGAUGACCAACUCACACAUGCAAAGCCACUCACUCAUAGUGAAAUGCUUAUCUCCAUGAGCGGAAAUUUUGCUCUCGGCUUCUUUUCUCCGACCACCUCCAACAAGAGCUUCUACCUUGGCAUAUGGUACCACGGCAUGCCUGAACCACGCACCAUAGUUUGGAUCGCCAACCGAGACGAUCCAAUAAUUACCCUUUCGUCCGCGAUGCUCACUGUCACCAACAAUUCUGACAUGGUCUUAUCUGACUCCGAAGGCCAGAAUAUUUGGAUGACAGCAAGAAAUAUCACCGCUGGAGCUGCUAUAGCUCACGCAGUGCUACUUGACUCGGGGAACUUUGUCCUCCGGUUGCCUGACGGCACGGGCAUAUGGCAAAGCUUCGAUCACCCCACUGACACAAUACUUCCAUCCAUGAAGUUUUUGAUGAGCUACAAGGCACAAGUUGUCCAACGGCUCGUUGCUUGGAAGGGCCCUGAUGACCCAUCUUCUGGUGAUUUCUCCUGUAGCAGCGAUCCAAGCUCUCCAAACCUUCAAUUCUUCACUUGGAACAAGACCCAGCCAUACUGCCGUAUUGGUGUCGAGAGCGGGAUGUCAGUGUCCGGUGGCACAUAUGUAACCAAUACCAGCUUCAUCUUGUACCAAACAACUAUCUACUCUGGUGACGAGUUCUACUAUAUGUUCACAAUCUCUGGCGACCCAGCCUUCACACGCAUCAUGCUUGACUACACUGGAAAGUUAAAGUUUCUAAGCUGGAACAAUCACUCAUCAUCAUGGGAAAUCAUCAGUGAACGCCCCGCUGCUGCAUGCGACCUCUAUGCAUCAUGUGGUCCGUUCAGUUAUUGCGACUUCACUCGGAUAAUCCCAGCAUGCCAAUGUCUUGGCGGGUUUGAGCCUGUCGAUGGUACUGACUUCUCCAAAGGAUGUUGGAGAAAGAAAGAGUUGAAAUGUGGCAAGCAAAGUCAUUUCGUGGCCUUGCCUGGGAUGAUGGUUCCUGACAAGUUCUUGCAUUUACAGAACAGAAGCUUCGAUGAGUGUGUGGCUUACUGCAGCCGCAACUGCUCGUGCAUGGCUUACGCUUAUGCCAACUUGAGCGGUGUUGGUGCUUUGGGUGACCCAUCAAGGUGCUUGGUCUGGUCAGAGGAGCUUACUGACAUUAAGAAGCUUCUCUCCGGCGAGAACCUGUACCUCCGACUUACGGAUUCUCAGGUGGAAAAGAAGAGCAGGUCAUUAAAGAUUGUACUCCCAAUUGUAGCAUUCCUACUGCUACUGACAAGCAUAGCACUUGUCUUGAUGUACAAAAACAGAGCGGGCCAAUGGCGAAAGAAGGAAAAUCAGAAGAAACUGGUGCUAGGAUACUUUAGCACAACCAAUGAACUUGAAGGAGAAAACACUGAAUUUCCAUUUGUUAGCUUUGAAGACAUCCUUUCAGCAACAAAUUGUUUUGCUGAUUCCAACCUUAUUGGACAGGAAGGCUUUGGAAAAGUUUACAAGGGCACACUGGAAGGUGGAAAUGUGGUUGCUGUGAAAAGGCUUAGUAAAGGUUCUACACAAGGUAUAAUAGAGUUCAAAAAUGAAGUAGUUCUAAUUGCCAAACUGCAGCACAAGAACCUUGUCAGACUUCUUGGGUGCUGCAUUCAUGAGGAUGAGAAGUUAUUAAUCUACGAAUACUUACCUAACAAAAGUCUGGAUGCCUUUCUUUUCGAUUCGACACAAAGAAUUGUGCUUGAUUGGUUGACUCGGUUCAACAUAAUUAAAGGAAUAGCAAGAGGCCUUCUUUAUCUCCAUCAAGAUUCAAGAUUAACAAUAAUUCACAGAGAUCUCAAAGCAAGCAACAUCCUAUUGGACAUAAGAAUGACUCCAAAAAUUUCAGAUUUUGGUAUGGCAAGAAUAUUUGGUGCAGAUCAGAACCAAGCAAAUACUACCCGGGUUGUUGGGACGUAUGGUUACAUGUCACCUGAAUAUGCGAUGAGAGGUGCGUUUUCUGUAAAAUCAGACACUUACAGCUUUGGUGUUCUUCUCUUGGAGAUUGUUAGUGGCUUGAAGAUCAGCUCACCUCAUCUCAUAACAAUGUUUUCCGGCCUUAUCGCUUACGCAUGGAAAUUAUGGGCAGAUGGAAAAGCAAUUGAACUGGUGGACACUUCGGUUGUGGCGAGCUGCCCACUCAACGAAGUUCUACGGUGUAUCCAUGUGGGACUCUUGUGUGUUCAAGACUAUGCUAAUGAUAGGCCACUAAUGUCAUCAGUUAUGUUCAUGUUAGAGAACGAAGCUGUGCUCCUUCCAGCUCCAAAGCAACCUGUAUAUUGUGCUCUGAAUAACCGAGGAGAUGGAGAAGGAAGUGAGAGCAUGGACAAUUCCCUGAACGCAAUGAGUAUCACAACACUCGAGGGUCGCUAGAUGUUUUACAACUUACUAUAAUAUUAUGGGCAGCUAGUUGUAAACUAUAUGGCUUAUACUCUCUAUGAAAUGAACAUCGGUGUUUGUAAUAUUUGUGCGUUUUAUUCUAUGAGAAAACGAUGAAUAAUAUAGGCGGAGGCACAGUUGAGCGUCGA